AUGUGGCUGGAGACGGUGGCGGCCGACAAACUGCAGGCCCAGUUAAAGCAGCUUAACGCCACCCUGCAGGCCAAGGAGGCCCAGAUCCGGGCCUUGACGGGCGGCGAGCGGCGGCCGACCACCCCAGACCACCGGCCGACCACCCCAGACCACCGACAGACCUCCUCGGACCGCCAACAGACCACCCCAGAGCACCGGGAUCCGGACUCGCCGCCUGCCGGGCAGGGCGCCGGCUGCCGGUCCCGCUCACCGCCGUCGGACCCGUUCCAGAGGCGACGCCGCCAGGCGUGCACUGAGCGAGACCUCAGGCUGCUGCGGGACUCGGACGACAUCAGGAGCCUGCUCCGCUGCCGCCGCUGCCUGGGCCGGCCUUCUGAGCCGGCCUCUGAGCCGGCCGCGGCCAGGGCCGACAGGCUGGACGCUUGUGACCUAGCGGACCCGGACGGCGAGCUGGAGCCGACGCAGCCCGGCGCCGGCGGUCAGACCGCCGCACGCGAGGAGAUUCAGCGCCUCCGCGAGUGCCGCGACUCGCUGCACAACCAGCGGCGGCGUAUCAACGCCAAACUACACCAGGGCCGGCAGCUCGACGCGGCCGAGGCGCGGCGGCUGCUGGAGCUGGACGAGGCGCUGCACGCCGUGGACGAGGUGCUGGAGCACAAGGCGGGCCGACUGGCGGGCGGCGCGCCGCCGCCGGAUGCGCGCCGCCUCCUGCUGAACCAGCGCGACCUGAUGCCGCGCCUGCUGGGCCUGGCCACCGCCGAGCUGCGCCUCCUCUACUGCCGCACCUUCCAGCGGCUGGUGGACCAGCGGGUCGAUGGCCUCGACAAAGACGUCGUUGUGGCCGGCCUGGACGCCCAGGUUGACGACCAGCUGCGCGGCAUGAAGCGGCUGGAGCGCAUGGUGCAAGACCUGAUGCGCGAGCGCAGUCACUACAAGAAGCAGCGCGACGAGCUGCGCCGCCGACUAUGCUGCUGUCGGGCCUGA